AUGUAAUGGCGUCGUUCUGUUUGGAUGUAUGACGAUUUUGUUAUAAGAUUUGGUGACUUAAUCCGAAAGAACGCGUUUGUAACUUGAAGAUGGCAUCACCAUGGGAUGCACUGAUAGCAUCAUCCAACCCCAUACCAUCAGUGGGGAGUUCCUCUUCUCAUGCUGCAUCAGCCAGCAACAGUACUCUACUGAACAUUGGAGGGAGCGGUGGCAGCUCACCCAUGACCCAUGCAAGCAGUGCUGUUGUUGACCCAGGACUGUCCCAGCAGCAUGGUGGAGUUGUGGACCCAAAUAUGACCCAGCUCAGUAACUCAUCAACGAGCCGGGGCAAUGGAGGGCUCAUGCCUCCCCCUUCAUACCUGACAGCCUCUCCUGUCACUCUUUGCCCUGUGACAGCUGCCACCACACCACCCUCUGAACAUGGCUCUGGCAGCACGCAGCUCACAACCUUAUAUCCUCCAUCUCACUAUUCAGGAGCAGGUCCUGUAGCUGCUACAAGUGCGGCACAGGAUGCUGUGCAGCUCACCACCCUACACUCCGCUAAUUUCAUGGCUGGCACAAAUGCAGCUACUGCAGGGGCCGGCCAGCAGCAGCUGCAGCCUGGCCCUACCAACUUGAAGCUCAACACAUACAUCUCGGCUGGUGCCAGCAGCAGCGGCCUCCACAGUCCAGCACCACAAACGCCCACUGCAGUACCACCAUCGCUACUAUCCCCCCAGGCAAACAUGUCCCCUGAAACUGACCUGCCUCCUGAAAUGCUCUCCGCUGGCUGGAGGAAAUUCUGGAGCAAGCGUGAACACAGAUUUUAUUUCUGGAACAAAACAACGGGGGAAAGUUUGUGGGACAUGCCACCUCCUCUCGCCUCGGCUCCUGGCGCUGCUGCCGGAACUUCGGGAGCUCCUGUACUUCAUCCUCAGCAGCCUGGGGCUUCUGGUCAUCCCCAUCAUGCACAGUCAAUGCAGCAACAGGCGCCCCACACUCCCCAUCACGUGGGCCAGUACCCACAUCCUCACAAUAACAAUUCAGCCUCAACAUCAGGGAACAAUACCUCCUCUAAUUGUAGUCCUGCAAAUAAUCCUUAUGAGGGAGUAGCAAGCGAGUCUGCAGUGAGCAGUAAUGGCACCUCAGCAACACCAUCAACACCACCUGGUGGUGGUGGCCACCACAUGCCCCCUCACCAGUACCCUCCCCACCACCCCAACACCCCGCCCUCAGGGGGCGCCACUAAGAGACGGGCGUCAGAAGACGCGCAAGGAGCCACGCCCGCCAAGAAAUUCAUACUCGCGGGGCCAUGGGACCUGGAGCCGAGUACCAACGUGAUCAUGUUUGAGCGGCCGCCCAUCACACUGCCCCAGCCCCACCCCAGCGUCGAGGUGCUGCGGGGCUCUCUGGUACACAAGCUGCGCAUGUGCUACCAGGAGAUGUGCUUUGCCAGAGAAGGAAUUGACGCCCCGCGGGACUCAUUCAACCGGUGGAUCAUGGAGCGCAAGGUGGUGGACCAGGGCUGCGAUCCUUUCCUGCCCAGCCAGUGUUUCCCUGAGGUGUCACUCUCCAUGUACAAGGGCAUCAUGAAUGACAUCCCCAUCAAACUCAACAGACCCAAGUUCACAGGUGAAGCCAGAAAACAAUUGUCCAAGUACGCGGAGGCCGCCAAGCGCAUGAUAGAGACGAGCCGGACGGCGUCACAGGAGAGCCGCAAGAUCGUCAAGUGGAACGUCGAGGACACGUUCCAGUGGCUCCGCCGUACUGUUGGUGCCACCUUUGAUGACUACAUGGAGCGUCUGGCCCACCUUAAGCGGCAGUGCCAGCCUCAUCUCAUGGAGGCGUCGAAGCAGAAUGUGGAGGGCAUCUGUACAAAAAUUUAUAAUCUAUCCGUCGAGUACGCCAAGAAAAUCAGGGAGAAGCACCUGCAAAUCCUGGAGGAAAACAACAUCAGAGAAGUUGGUGUGCCGGCGGUGAAUGGACUACGUAAGGUUUGGUGCUACCCGGUGCAGUUCACAACCCCCAGUCCACGGCCGCCCAACAUCGAGUUCCUGCAAGACAAAGACACGACCUGCCUGCGCUUCAAUGGCGAAGCCCUCAGAAUCAACACCAUGUACUUCCAGAAGCUGGAACAUCUUUACCGCUACAACUGCUUUGACGACCGAAAGUUUGAGUUAUUUAUCCCGAGAGUUUGGUGUCUCCUCAAACGAUACCAAACAUUCCUGGGCACCAAUCCUCAGGAGGGUCAUGGAACGCAAGCAGGGCUUCCUGUGACGGUGAUGGAGUGCCUCAAUAAGCAUUUCGGCGUGACCUUCGAGUGCUUCGCGUCGCCUCUUAACUGCUACUUCAGGCAGUACUGCUCGGCAUUCCCCGACACCGACUCCUACUUCGGUUCUAGAGGACCCAUAUUGGACUUCAAACCCGUGUGCGGGUCGUUCGAGGCAAACCCGCCCCUGUGCGAGGAGCUCAUGGAGGCGACGGUGAGGCACAUGGAGAAGCUCCUCAGUGAGAGCCACGAGCCGCUCUCCUUCAUCGUCUUCAUGCCGGAGCUGCGCGAGCCUGCGCCUUCUGCCCUCCUUCAUCUCGAAGCCUCCAAGUUCAACAGGAAGCAGAUUGUGUUGCUGCCUGCUGAGCACGAGUACAGGCACGGCUUCCAGUACAUGAUGACCAAGUCCAGGUCGGAGGUGGUGCUGAAGAGUACCCACGGCACCGUCGCCGUCUGGCUCCAGAACGACGCCGGCAACUCGCGCUGGGCGCCCACGCAGGACCGCAUCGAUGCGCUUCUCGAGGCAUACCGACCUGGUCGUGAGCGUGACAGGGACCGUCAGGAGAUGUUGUCACCCCCACGGCGAGACAGCGCUCCCGCCGACCCCUCGACCCUACCAGCUUCCACAGCCUCGUCGUCACCCUACGCCUCGCAAUCACCAUACGCCUCUGCGUCUUCUGUUCUCUCCCAGCCUUUCUCCACCUCGACGGCUAUCACGCAACCUUACGCCUCUGCUGGCCCAACUCCAGUGUCUCUUCCACCUACACAUCCUGUAGCGUCCCCCGCAGCUCCUGUGGCGGUUUCUUCGUCGGGAUAUGCAGCCACAAGCGCGGCCACAAACAACUCUGCCAGCCCGUCAACCGCUGAGGAAAAUAUGGAUGCCUCUUCCGGGCCGCCUGCUGCCUUCUAUGGAAGUUCUAUAACUACUGCUGUGGAACAACCUACUAAUAAUAAUAAUAAUAACAACAACAAUAAUACCAACAUUCCUAAUUCCAAUGGCGCGACAAACAGCGAACCUGCUGAUGUUAGUUCACCAGUUGUUGCGUCUGCGUCAGAUCCGUGCCCUGUGAACUACUCUGACAAUGCUGUGUCUUUGCCGGCAGACGUUAUCACCACGCACGCUAAUCACGUAAUUACGCACGUUGAAGGCAACCAUAACGUCGAUAACAGCACUGUUUCUUCAGCCCUGGACGCAAGUCAUCAUAACAAUAAUGACGCUGGUAGCAACAACGUUGGAGCUCUUGACGACACCAACACAGCAAUUGCGGUGACGGGCAGUACCACCGCUGCUGGUGGUGUCAUUAAUGAUGGUGUCGUUUCAAGUUAUAGUGAUGAGAGCAGAACUGAAGGGCCUUCUUCUGACAGUGAAAGAACAGUGACUGUGCCCACGUCCACUAGCAUGCCACAGUAACGUUUAUUUACUCUCACAGCAACGCCCGUUGUUCGUGUGCCAGGUCUCUUGUAUAAAACUAAGCACACACACACAAGGCAGUCCGCAUGACAGUUCGGAGCACUAAUAAUAUUUCGAGUCGUUCUUUGUCAAAUUAACCUAGAGUAGUUCUUAGUCGAACAAAACAUGGCAUUUGGACCCUCAUGUUCUUCACAAUUAACCUGUUCUUGUUGAUUUUUGUUAAUUUGAUGAUUUUAUGGUCUAUUGUAGUUGCUUGUUGGCAACUUUUUGUAGUUGCCAGGAAGUUUGCCACGUGUAAAGACGUGAAAAAUAGUAUUUGGUGUGCAAUGUUGAUGACUCGUGCGCUUCGUGUACCUGGCUCUACUUAGUGAGCUUUGUUUACCUGGCUCUACUUAGUGAGCCUCGUGUUCCUGGCUCUACUUAGUGAGCUUCGUGUACCUGGCUCUACUUAGUGGGCUUCGUGUACCUGGCUCUACUUAGUGAGCUUCGUGUACCUGGCUCUACUUAGUGAGCUUCGUGUACCUGGCUCUACUUAGUGAGCUUCGUGUACUUGGCUCUACUUAGUGUUCAAAGCCGCGUAAAUUAACCUAAGUAAUACGAGGGAAGGGAUGUGUGUACUGCGAAGUACGCUCUCUAGUCUCUCUUAUAAUAUCUGACUUCUGGAAUUGAAAAAAUUGUGCUUUGUUAAACCAUGCGUAGUUUUCUUGGGGAAAAUCCUUUAGAAAUUUCUCAAAGUUGUCAGUUGACAUCUAGACAUCUAUUUGCUUCCCAUAAUCCUGGAAUAGAAGUGUAGCUGCUGCACGGCUGAUUUUUGUGUCAAAGAUUGUAGAAGCUUGCCGUAUAAGCUGAAUUGAGCCUGAGAGAUGGAAGGAUAUUAUUAUUGUGUUGAUGAAGGAAGUAAAGUAGGUGUACCGCACACACUGAUGAUAUUGUUACCAUGUUGUUCACAUGAUGACAUGUACAAAGAAUAUAAGAUAUCUUAAGUUAUUACGGUCCAUCAUUCGUAUGUACAUAAGCUCCUCAGUUCAUCAAACAUUAGUGAGGUCAUAUCUUUCUUGUUCAAUGUUGACCACAGUGAUGACAGAACCUCAUUUGAUGUUGCAAUGUGAAUGUUUUAUGUCUGAUUGUGCCUCGUAUGCCAUCGCAUUCUGCUUCGCUGCUGUAAGGUUCUCUUCAUUCGUGGAGAAUAUAAUGAAUGUUUUGAUAGUAUGUUAUCUCAUAUUUUUCAAACGCGAUGCCCGUUUUAUUAGAUUUGACCAGCUAUGUUCCAGAUAAAUGAAUUACUCUAUUUUUAGAGUGUAUUAAAUUUAUGGUAAUUCGAUUUAAUGAGUCUUUUAUUUUUAACAAUUCUCAUCCGUAAUCCGAUGCCUGCAAUCUAUUUCCAGAAAUUGUGCCUCUUGUAAUCUGCGAUAAGAUAUCUGCCGUUCAUAGCCUUGAAAACUUCCUGUAGAAUAUUUAUUAUGAAAUUCUGUUUUAUCUGUAAAACGCAAAUGAAAAUUUAUAUUUGUUGUCUUAUAAUUUUGCUUGAAAUCUGUUCCUCGAAUAACAGUUUAUGCCUAUGUACGUCGGGCUUCUUUUUACGCAAGGAAAAGUUCCCUGUAUUUCACAAUUGUUGGUUACUAAUGCUUGUUAAAUUUAUCUCUAAUUUCCUUGCGUUAUACGGUACUCCUAAUCUAUGGUAUGACCUGCUGUAGUUUCAUAUCGAGCUGCCAAGAGGAAUUCCGGUAGAGCUCUUCUUGCUUAUUUUCCAUCAGAUUCUUUUAUGUUACGUGUCAUGACGAAUGACAAAUGUUUGACGCAAGAAAACCUGCUUGAAAGCACUUAUAAUUUUUGACGCCACGCUACAAAAAGUUUGUGUGUAAGCCGUUAGUCUGUCCUGCCUUGGCGCUCCUGACACGGUCAUCUAGUUCCUCUCCUUCUGUUUUAGUGCCUGGCUGAAGUUUGUCCUGGGAUGACGCGUUAAUUUUUUUUCUAUUGUUACUCAAAUUUUUGCGAGGAAUUCUUCUUUGUGUGACCGAUUGUGUUCUGAAAUACGAAUUUGGAUAUUAAUAUUUGAAGGAAAAUUAGGCAUGUUUGUUCUUGAAUUUGCAUGAUGUUUCUGGU